AUGAUUCAUCGCAGUGAGUUACCUGUCGGCGAACUGGGCGUCCGCCUCCUGAAGGACGGAAAGGUCGGCGACCGAAUCUGGCAGUACGACUACGCCGGGCACGAGGGCUGGCAAUUCGGCGAAGCCACCGUCGGACACGAACGGAACUUCAGUAUCCUCCUGGAGGGCCUGCGCCACAGAGGCCGGGAAGGCAUCUUGGCCCUUGACGACCUGUCCGUGGAGCGAGGUCCCUGCGGCGCCCCUGGGUCGUGUACUUUCGAGGGCGGCAUCUGCGGGUGGGUGGACGAAGACUCCAUCGAGGGCCAUUAUCCGCCCAACAGCUGGCAAUGGGUCCGGGCGGAGGACACGAAGAAUGGCCCGGUUGCGGAUCACACCACCUACUCGGGACAAGGUCAUUACGUAAUAGCUGAUGUGGAGGAGUGUCGGUCUUACGUGUCUGAAUGUUACGCCAAUUACGACAGUCGUGAUAUCAGGCCAACCAAUGACACCUACUGCUUGUCUUUCUUUUAUAAUGUGCGGCACCUUGGCAACCUGUUAUACAUAGAUGUCGUAGACGUAGAGAACAACCUGUCCAGAAACAUGGGCGUCCUUGCAUUCACCACCGAGGAAGAGACGUGGCUUAUUCACCACCAGAAGCUCAGUGACAUCAACUACCUGUUCCGCGUCCACUUGCACGCCAGGGCCUACAGCCAGGUGGUACAAGGAGGAGCGUACAUCGCCCUGGACGACAUCGAGCUAUUCUCCGGAACGUGUUAUCCGUCUCCGGGAAGCACCCCACUCCCCCAAACGACCCCCUCCCCCGAGAACAAGCUGACCUGCUCCUUCGAGGACAAUUCCUUCUGCGGCUGGAGUCAGGACACGGCUGACGAUGGGGACUGGGAGCUGACAACCGGCGUCCACGCAGGCGGCGACGGCGGAGAAGGAGCCCUGGGUCCCGCGGUAGAUCACACGUUACACUUGUCGGCGGGACACUUCCUCUACGUGGACACGAAGAUGGGAUCCAACUCUGCGAUUCGGCUCGUGUCCGAGGUGGUCCCGACGAGCGACACCGGACACUGCUUCUCCUUCUACUACUACCUGCACGGGAGCGAACCGCCCGCUCUCAGCCUCUACCUCGAAACGGACGGAGUGGCGAAUGAGCACCCCAGUUGGACGCGGGCGGGUGAGGCCGGGGAGGAAUGGCUUCCAGUGAGGCUGUCCCUUCCCCCAAAGCCAGGCCACGCCCACAAGGUCGUUCUGGAGGCGGGGCUUGGCGAGGACGACCACACCGACCUCGGACACGCCGCUCUCGACGAUUUCCUUCUUACUGAUGGCUCUUGUUCGUCGCUUGCUACUGGAAUCCAGUGUGACUUUGAGACCUCCGACUUCUGUGAAUUCUCCGUCUUGCACCUGAGUGGCAAUACAGGGUGGACCUGGGGCAUCGCUGCUUUUUCACAGGGCGGACCUGACCUCGACCACACUUAUGGUACUGAAUACGGCCACUACGUGUACCUUAAUGCCACUUCAGCCAAAGCACAAAGUUACCUUGUGAGUCCAACAAGCACAAAUGAUGGAGAUCCAAUGUGUUUGUCGUGGUACUUCUUCUUUUCUGGCAACACGAACCUCAGCGUGCGAGCCUACGUCAAGAACCCGGACGCCUCCAUCGACGACCAAGACCCCGUGUGGGCGAUCGAUCAGCCGGCGGCGGGCGGGGAGUGGGUCCUGGCUCUGGCUUCAGUGCAGAUUUUUGGCGAUUAUCAUCUUAGCUUUAUGGCCGUAGCCGAGGAGGGGCUUGAGGACGUCACAUUUGCCAUCGAUGACAUCACGACUCUCGAACGCUCGUGCCCCGCCCUCGCCUCCUGCACCUUCGAGAACGGAUUGUGCGGGUGGGCAGAGGUCGAGGGCGUGGGCGACGUCGAGUGGAUCAUGAAUUCCGGGAAGACGCCCGUGGAAGCCACAGGGCCCUCUUAUGACCACACGCUGCAUUCUGAACGAG